UUUGUACUGACGAACGUCGGGCUGGGUGUCACGAUGAUAGUUUACACCAUCAUCGGAGCACUUGUCUUUCAGAAUCUGGAGACAACCAACGAGAAACAACAGUGCAUACGCAAAAUGAACGCCUACAAUCCGAUAGAGAAUGAGACCGCUGAGGAGUUAUGGAAGGCUGCUCAAGUUUUCCAGCAGAUUGACGAUGAGGAGAAUGCGUUGGACGCAAUAUACGACAUUGUUGUUGACUUUCGACAGAAGGCACUUGCUCUGAAGUAUGACGGAAAGAAUUGCUCGCAGAUCGGAGUGGACGGUGGCCCCCAGUCUGAUUGGUCAUUUAGUGGGUCGCUCCUCUUCUGCGUCACUGUUUUCACCACUGUAGGAUACGGAAACAUCACUCCACAGACAUUCUACGGUCGAUUGGUCUGCAUCAUAUACGCACUCGUUGGAACGCCCUUAAUGCUCGUCUUCCUGGCAAACAUCGGUUCAAUCAUGGCUGACGUCUUCCGGUUUGUUUACGUGAGGGUUUGUUGCUGCGGAUGUCUCCGACACCGGAUCGGAUCGAAUCCCGGUGACAUCGCGAAACUCAAAAACGAGGAGGAAUAUUCGGAAGACGACGACGAACAUAUAAGUGUACCAAUCACUGUAACGAUGGCCAUGAUUACUGGCUACAUUUUCAUGGGCGCCCUACUCUUCAGUUCCUGGGAGAACUGGAGUAUGUUGCAGUCGGCUUACUACUGCUUCAUCACCAUCGCUACGAUCGGCUUUGGAGACGUUGUUCCAGGCGUCGCCAGUAUGAACGACACGUCGGGGCAGUUUAUUAUGGUCGGAGCUGCUCUCUACUUGGUGUUCGGUAUGGCCAUCAUGUCCAUGGCUUUCAAUCUAAUCCAAGAAGAAAUGAUUGGAAAAGUUGUGUGGAUUACCGAGAAACUUGGUCUGUCAAAGCAACAGGAAUGCGAAAACGACGGGCCAACGGACCAAUCAACAGCCAUAAUUUCAGAGCCGAAGAGUAAGGACCCGUUCGCAAUGGCCUCACCCAUGGAGGCACCCUACCCCAUGUACAAACCCUCCGAUAAUCCUGAAAAUUUGAAACACAUGCUAAGAGAGCCUUCAACUCUCACCAACUGGGCAGCUGCCGCGAUUUCCCAGAACACCAAGAAAUGAAAAAUGGUAGGAAGGGACAUUUUUGUUGUUCCAUAGGUGCAAAAGAUGAAAAAAUUAUAUCGAGCUAUGGUAAAGAAAUUUGAAAAAAUACUUUAAUAGGAUUUUGUAGUGAAAUGAAAUGAGUCUAUUUUUCUAUGAAAUAUUGUUCAAUACCAAUUUUUUAGCCAUAAAUAUUAUUAUCGAUCGAUUUUCACUAAUGUAAUAGCUUAUUUACAACAUACUAUUUUAUAUCUUAUUUAACAUUAAUAUAUUUCUUGUUAUAUUUCUUAGGUCUAAGUGUGACAUUGGUUUAAAAAUAAUUCACC